AUGGAACAAGCUAAGCAUCCGAGAGUCGUUAGUGGCAACAUGAUGACAAUCUGCCAUACAUUUAUUUUUCUGCAGAACAAAGAACAGUGUGAAGAGGAUUGUCAAGGUUUAAACGAUGACGCUUUAAGCAAGACACCAAGUGCUAUUGAGCUGUUGCGUUUUUCAAACCAAUGUGAAUCAAAUAAAAUGCAUGAAUUAGUUACACAUCUUGGAAUGGCUAUGAUAUGGAAAGAUAUCGAAUACAAUCAUCCUAAAGAUAUACAGGUUGCCAAAUUUUUGCUGUUAUCAAAGUGGAAAGAGAUGAAAGCUAAAUGCAAUUUCAAAACUUUGUCAGAAGCUCUGAUUAGCAUGGGUAUUUCAACACAUGUUUUGUGUCAAGUAAGAAGAAUCACUAAAGCAGAAACAGAUAUUCCAGACGAUUACUUGGAUUUCAUUCCAACAGAUGAGAUUCUAGAUACAUUAGCCCCACAGAUUGGUCAGGUUUUUUUACAACUUGGCACCGAAUUUGGGCUGUCAAUUCCUGACCUGGAAAAUAUACAGAGCAACAAUCCUUCUGACUUAGCAGAACAGAAUAAGGUCGUAUUAUUCAAGUGGAGAGAAGACCCAAUAGUCAAACCUACAAUACGGGUCCUUAUUCAGGCUUUAUCUAACAUAGGGAGAGGUGCACGUUGUUUAGAAGAAGUUUUGAAGAACCUUGAUCUGAACACUCUUAUAGUUUCACAACAAUCGAGAGGUAAAGGGGCAAUUGCAAAGAAACCAAAAAUAAAACCAGAACAGGAAUCACAGAGUCAGCGAAAGGUGUCAAAAAAAUGUUCAAUAGCUUGAAUAGAAAAUGGUAAAAACAAAAGUGCAUUUGAAUAGGGAAAAUAUACUAUAGGCAAAAGAAGUGAAAAAUAUUGUGCAUAAUUUAGCCUCAUUGUUUGAAAGAUAAGUUAUGCUGUUAACCGUUACUUUUGUAUUUGAUUUCUUCGAUGAGCAUUCAACAUAUUCACCCGCUUUGAAAAAGUGAAUUGAGUGUUUAUUGUUUGACCUCUGUCUGUUCAUCAAUCAGUCCACCCAACAGUCAAUCUGUCAGUCCGUCAGUCCGAUCGUCCCAUGAAUAUUUUUUGUCGCAUCUUUCUCAGGAGUUACAUUGAAUACAACGAUUUCUGAAAUUUGGUUGCAGGGUUUAUAAAAGUCAGCGUUACCGUGUGUUUCGUUAUCAGAUUCAUAAUUGAACAAUAUCCCGUUAGCCAACACUUACAUCAUUUUACACAUAACAUCAAAAUUGAACAUUUUCUUUACAUUUUUCUCAGCAAUUACAUUACAAGGAUUUUAAGGUUUAUAUAAGUCAUCUAUACCUUGUGCUGUGUUUUCAGAUAAAUCACUUCAUAACUUCCUGUUUACCUUAAAGUAUUCGUUUUGGCAUAUCAUCAGUGAGCAGUAGGUCGCAGUUACACUUGUUCAUUGUAAGGUUUAACACACAUAAGUGUAUGUAAACCUCUUUGGUGAAUUGUUCUCUUUUAAAACACGCCGUUGACUGUUGUAACCCUAUUGGUGACAUUUCUAUCUAUUAUGUCUGUUUUUGUUUAAACAUCGUUAACAAGAUAAUUGAAUUUGAUAUAACUCGCAUACAAGUGGGAGCUAAAGCUAGCUAUAAAAAGUUAUCAAAGGUACGAGGAUUAUAAUGAUAUUAGUACACCAGACGCGCGUUUCGUCUACAUAAUACUCAUCAGUGACACUCAUAUCAAAAUAUUAUAAAGCCAAACAUGUACAAAGUUGAAAAGCAUUGAGGAAAAAAAAAUCCAAAAAGUAAAAAAAUCAGGUUUAAUCCACUAUUUUCUACAUCAGACAGGAAUAUGACAGUUGUGAUCCUUUGUUUUAUGUGUUUGAGCUUUUGAUUUUGCUAUUUGAUUAGGAACUUUCUGGUUUUUUUUUCAGAGUUCAUUUUUUUGUGAUUUCACAUUUUAGCUCACCUGGUCAAAAUGGCCAAGUGAGCUUUUCUCAUCAUUUAUAGAUAGAAAUAAUUGUGAACAAUCAGAAUAUUCAGUAAAGUAAGAUCUACAAACACGUCGCCAUCACCAAGACAUACUCCUUAGACCUCUAGUUUGUUGUUGGUCGAGAUAGCUAGUAUAACCAAUCGUUGAUACGACGGCUUUAGGUCUAUUGACGAUGAUCAUGUGAUUUUGAACUAUAACUCAAUAAUAGUCAGCUCCUAUCAAGAGUAAUUUUUAAAGUAUAUCAGCGCAAAUCUGGCUAUGGUUUUGGCGGCGGAUUCUAAAAGUUAGACUGUGAGAUGAUUGAAUUUCUGUAUUGGUGUUAGGCUACAAUUAAAAUGUAUGGUAUAUUCGUAUGAGUCCAAAAAUGAGCUCCACUGUAAGACAUCCCCGUCAAAACGUGGCAAAUUUAAUUUAGGUAAUCAAUGGUUAUUACUAAAUAUAUAUGGUGGUUGUAUGUACGAAUAUUCUUUGUGAUUAUUGUAUGUUUGUAACUUCGGGUAAGAAAAGUUGCAUGAUUCAUUUCCGGUAUUAAUUGCCUCUUACAGAAUUCUUUCAGUAGGUGUUAGCAUGUAAACGACUGUUUGUUUGUUUUACUAGUGUUUAAUCUAGUUUUAUAGCAUUUGGCGUUAGCGUUCAUUGUUGACUGUACUGGUCAAUCAGAAGUUAUGUUGGAUUUAAAUGCCACGUGUAGGAAUUCAUUCUGUCAACAUCUCGCUCCAAUCAUGUACUAUCUUAUUAUUUAGCUCACCUGACCUGAAAGGUCAAGUUAGCUUGUUUUCAUCACUUGGCGUUUGUCGUCAGUAGUCGUCGGCGUAUAUUAAUUCUGACAAAAAUCUUCCUCUCUGAACUUAAUGGCCCAAAUUUACCCAAACUUUGCAACAAUCAUCACUAUUGUAACUAGUUUUACAAAUUGUAACAAUUGAUUCCAAUGACCCCGCUUGCCAGCCAACAUGGCUAAAAAUAAAACAAAGGGGUAAAACGCAGUUUUUGGUUUAUAUCUCUUAAACUAAAGCAUUUAGAGUAAAUCUGACAUGAUAUGAAAUGUCCAUCAGGUUUAAACUAUCAAACCUGGCAUUUUUGGGUUGCUGCCUCUGGAUUGGUAACUUGAGGGACAUUUUGCAGUAACUAGUAACUAUCUUGAAUAUUAUAAUAAAUAGAGAUAAACUGUAAACAGCACUUAUGUUCGACAAAGUAAGUUCUACACAUAAGUCGGCAUGCUCAAAAUUGUCAGUCGACCACUUUAGGAAUUAUUGCCCUUUCUAUUCAAUUUAAAAUAGUUUUUGUAAAUUUUUGUAAUCUUUUACAAAAAUAUUCUCCUCUGGAUCUACUGACACAAAUUUAACCAUACUUGGCCCUAAUCAAUAUUAGGGUAUCUUGUUUCAAAAAUGUGUCCGAUGACCACGCCUGACAACCAUAAUGGCCGACAUGGUAAUGGAUGGCUGGCUGACCCUGAGUUAGUAAUUUUACAGAAAAUUUGCAGUUUCUUUGUUUUCAUCUAAGAUAUCAUUAUAAUAUCUGAUAACGUAUACUAUAAUUGAAUAAAUUAUGAUUUAUUCUCAUUUUACACGAUUUUCCAAGGUGAGCGACACAUGCUAGUGAAAACCUCUAGUUCUGGUGUAUGUGCUCUUUUGUAGAGCAUUGUGAUCCGUUGGUGUGCAUUGCGCUCCUUUGUGUUGAAGUGUACAUUUGUGAUGUGGGUUUUUUGUUUGUUAGAUGUGCUCCUUUGUAGUGAAUUGUGGACAUUUGUGGUGCAUUGUUCUCCUUUAAGGUUACGCUUCUUUGUGGUUAAUUGUGGUCCUUUGAGUAGAUUUGGGUAAUUUUGUGUGUAUGUUCCACAUUGAGGUAUUGUACUCCUUUGUGGUGGAUGGGUCUUUUUUUGUGCAUUGUGCUCCUAUAUACGCAAAAAUGUUAGCAUAUUAGGAUAUUUCUUUUCUGUAGGCUUUCUAACUUCUAUUUUCCUGAUGGUGAAUGGGUCCUUAAUGAUAGGAUUGUAUUCUAGUACCGAUCUAACCAUGGCUUUUGAAGAAGGCUUGUUUGUUGCACUCUUCAGGGUACUUGCGUAAGUUUCUUAGACGGAAACUAAGUGUACAGCGUGUCUUUCUUAUGAUUUUCACUAUGUGGCUGGUCAGCUUUUGGUCAUCGGAUGAAUUAAUACCUAAGGUACGGAUUCGUUUGUACUUGCUUUUAUCUUAUUUUGUCUAGUUGGUAUUUUUUUGGAGCAUAACAUUUCAUUCCCCAAUUAAGUUCAUAAUUCCAAAGCUUUUUAUCUAUUUGGAGAAUUAGAUGGUCUUCAGUGUAUGAAUUUCUUGAUAGUCGUCUGAAAAUAAACGAACUUUUGAUUUAACACCUUCCGGGAGGUCAUUCAUGUGGCUUAGGAAGAGCUGCAUUCCUAGCAGUGUGACUUGUGGAACGCAUAAAAGUACAUAUAAAUGUAUAUUUUAUUUUGUCUCUAAUAGUAAUAUUACCAUAUGUUUAUGUUUAUAAAUGAGUGUAAUAGUAUACUUAUGUUUAUAUAUGAGUUUUACCAUAUAAGUAUGUGUAUAUAUGAGCGGUAUUAUGUUUAUGUAUGAUUGAAGUUGUUACAAUAUUAAUAUGUGUAAAUACGAUUUUCGCCAUUUUACUUCCUAUGUACAUAUAAUGAUUUCUGAUAACGUAUUCAUGUUAAUUAAACAUUUA